AUGGCGGUCGACCCAGUACAAAGCGUACGUGGCGGUUUUCUCAUUGGUGCGUCCGUGGUAUUAGCAGUCAAUGCGGUCCCACCAUUACGCAGGCGCUUUCUGCUCUAUGGAUCUCGAACAGUCGCGCAAGAGAAUGCACAGCAGUCAUCCAAAAGCUCCCUUUCUUCGUUCUUGGACUACCUAGCGACACUCCAAGUUCCUCAUAGAUAUUUCACUCACUUCUACCUCAUCUCUGUCGGCUCGUCUGCAUUUUGGGCCCAGGAGAUUCUUCGCAAUGGACGCCUGUUCUCAGCCAUUGCAGCUCUGGCACCCAAGAUUGACCCUACGAAGGCGAUGUCGAAAGAGCAGAUACUAUUGACGUGGGCGCUAAUGUCUACCCAGGGAUGCCGCCGUCUCUUGGAAUCCAUACUUCUUGCGAAGCCUUCCAAAGCAAAGAUGUGGUUCGUGCAUUGGUUGUUGGGCUGGGCCUUUUACGCAGGCAUGGGAUUGGCUGUUUGGGUGGAAGGUAUUCAAACCCUUCGUUCUACGCCAUUGAAACUGGCCUUAUCCUCUCCCAGCCUACGCACUGCAAUUUUUCUGCCAUUGUUCUUGUUCGCGUCAUGGAUGCAGAACAAAUGUCACUGGCAUCUGGCUUCCUUGAAGAAGUAUUCCCUGCCUACGCAUCCCUCCUUCCGAUACAUCACUUGUCCACACUAUACUGCUGAGUGCUUGAUUUAUCUCUCACUCGCAGGAAUCGCGGCACCACCUGGGCAGAUGUUCAACAAGACCAUCUUAGCCGCUCUCGUGUUCGUCGCAGUCAAUCUCGGUGUGACGGCUGAGACGACCCGGCAAUGGUAUGUUGAGAAGUUUGGCGAGGAUAAGGUCACUGCCCUGUGGAGGAUGAUACCAUUUGUAUAUUGA